AUAAGCGGUCCAGUUAUAGGGCUCUGGUCCGAUUUUCCAAAGUAGCAAGUUUGCUAGUAAAGAUGGCGCAGCUUCUGGUAAGCUGUGUCGUUCUGUAUUUGGCUAUCCUUACUCUCCAGGUAGCGGCCGACAACGACUGGCGCCAAAAGCGUGUAAAGACUCCCUUUUUCGACCAGAUCUACCAAUCACGGAGGAGAUAUCGGAAAGGAGGCGUUGGAGACUAUUGCAGAAGCACCAGCUAUUGCCGUGGCCACCUCUGUUGCAUGAGAUCAAGAAGUGGAAUGACUACCUGUCAGCCGCGGUCUAGAUUCGGCCAGACCUGCUCGGAUGAACAGACUAAAUCUGGGUAUUACUUGGGUGCCUGCCCUUGCAGGAGCCUUGCUGCUGAAUGUUACGUUCGUAGGAGGCGCCAGAAUAUUGGAACAUGUACGCCUAUCAGAUGAAGUAGACGUGACUAGGCGAUAUUUUUAAGAUGUAUAUACUUUUUAAUUGACGCGCGAAGUAUAAUUUUUUUCACGUGAGCAAUAAAGAGGCCUUGAACGUUGUC